AUGGCCCGAAAAGAGAACCCCAGCGCCCCAGCACAUGAGCUGUUGGACACACUGGUGCACGAUCGUUGGGUGGAGUGUUUGCGUUUGGACGGGCAGCGCCUUGCCUCAGAUCUUGCUGACACCGUCGCAGAUGACCUUAUGCUGCUGUGCGACUUCGACAUCUGCUCCAGCGCCACGGUGCAGGAGCUCCUCUGCAAGGUCGCCGAGCAGUUGGACGAGCCGAUGGCGUGUGUCCAGCUUUGCAGGGGGACAUGGAUCUUGGACGACUCCUUCGAGGAAAAGCAAGCCAAGUUGGAGACCAUCCCUGAAUGCGUCCAGCCAAAAGUUUGCAGAUCAGAUGGAGAAAGUGAGUCGCUGGUCUUCACUGUGAUCUGCCGAGCUCCCAGACAUGAGCUGUGGCCAUCAACAGAUGCGUGGACCGGCUGCGGAGGCAAUCCCAACGGCAUUGCUCGCUGCAACGGCGCAGGGAACUGCAGCUCGAACUGCGAGAAUUGCGGCGCGCACUCGCACUGGCGCUGCUGCGGGUCCACAGACGCGAACUCCGAGUUCUGCGUCCCUGGCACCCGGGGACGCCAGGCCAAGCGCAACAACGAUCUGUGCUACCAGCUCUACGACCCUCUCAUGCCUGCUCCGACGUAUUGUGUCGUCCCAGCGCGUGCAGGCAAGGAUGACGCUGGGAGGACGGCCAUGAAAGGUGGCUGA